ACUGGUCAGGUGCUGGGAGAUUCUAUGGGAAACUGGACAUCUGUUGGACAGGCCACCUCAGCAGAGCCCUCGAGUCCAGGCACAAGCAGCAGCUGGAUCUCUACAGAGAAAUAAUGGAGAAAACACCUUUUUAUUUUCAGUCCUUGGGGAUAUUUUUGUUAAUGAUUUGGAAUCCAGUGACCAGCAUCCCUGAAGACCCAAAGGCAUCGCAUGUACCCGUCUUUCCUUCCGACAUCUUCCACAAUAAAACUAUCAUCACAGACCAUCACCACCUUGAGGAUGAACUGAAGCAUGAGAUUGGGGAUAUAAACUUGGAUAACGUCUCUGAAGAUGAACUGGAGUUCUAUUACUUCACUGUGCAUGACUUUGACCACAACAAACUCCUGGAUGGGCUGGAGAUAAUGGCUGCGCUACAGGACUCCCUUGAGCAUUAUCUUGGGGACGCAUUUAGCAAGGAGGAUAAAAUGAAACACUAUAUAGCUAUGACAGAUGAAGUUCUGCAGGAAGAUGAUUUGGACAAAGAUGGCUUUUUAACAUUUGUGGAGUACAUGCACUCUCAGAAGCGAACUGCCAGCCCCACCACCAUUCUGGACAAGAACGCCAAGGACAAGACGGGCUCCAAGAAGAGCGACUGAUGAUUUGCACCAAAUUCAAUUUCAAUGUGGUUGUUCAUUUUCCAAACAUUUUUGUUAGUUCAGUUGUUAUCAGAUUGUAAAAAUAAAUACUUUUUUCAAUGGC